AUGCCGGGCUUCGAAGAUUCCUUUUGGUCCAGCGACUAUGCUGCAGGACUCGGCGUCCUCUUCAGCAAGUUGCAGCAAGGUGUCCAAGAAAACCGACAAGUCCUGACUGUCGCUCGAAUGCGUGCCGAAGCCGAGGAGAUUUACAGUCAGCGACUAGGAGAUAUUGCACCAAACGCAGACAAAGUCCAGGGCGGCUUCUCAAAAGACGAUGGUGCCAGCGUUCGCAAGGCCUUCGAUGGUGUUCGGACUGAGAUGGAAGAGGGCGCCAAAAACCACAAGAAGAUUGCUCAGAACAUUCGGGACUUGGUCGUCAACCCUUUCUCGCGCUGGUGCGAUGCCCACGAGUCGCGCAUCCAGGACUCUCAGGAUGAGCUGCAAGCUCGCAUCAAGGCGCACGACAGGCAGGCCGAGUUGGUCAAGAAGCUGAGGAGCACCUACUUCAACAAGUGCCGACUGGUUGAGGAUAUCGAGGAGGAAACCAAGCUGGCCUUCCAGGACCCCGAGAACAGCCCGAAGAACAACAUUCCCGAGAUCAAGGUCUCCGAAAACAAGGAGCCCGAGCUUCACCCCCAAGAAGACGACGACGAGCCCAUCGAGAUCGGUGACGAGAUCUACCAGCCCGAGCAAGUCAAGAAGAUCCUGGCGCACAUGCUGAACACCAUCAAGCUCGGAGAGACCAAGGUGCCCAUUCUGGGAACCUACCAGAACACAUCGGCUGGCUCAGACAUUGUCGAGUACCUGCAGAGGCACAUGAACACGACGAGCGUCAGCUAUGCCGAGAGAAUUGGACAGGACCUCAUCUCGAACGGAUACUUGAGAUUGAUUGGCAACGUUGGCAGCACUUUCGCCAACAGCUCCAAGAUGUUCUACCAGUGGCGUCCCAAGGCUUUCAAACUGUCCGGUAUCCCCGAUAAGAAGUCGCCUCUUGGUCGCACAUUUUCCCUUCCUGCAUCCGAGUCGUCGGAUUCACCCGUGGUCGGAACCGUCAGCGAAUACCUCGCCAACUGGAAUGUCCUUAACAACCAACACCCCAACGAGACCCCACCGGAGCGAUUGCGCCGUGAGGCCAGGGAAGCCGACGACAAGUACAAGGGUGGCGUGCGCAAGUUGGACGAGAUGCGCUGCGAUCUGGAGGAGACCAUCUUCAUUCACCUCCGCUUCCUGGAGCGCUGCGAGCUGGACCGUCUCAAGGCCAUCAAGACUGUUAUCCUGGACUUUUCCGGUACCAUCAGCAACGUCAUUCCAAGCAUGCAAUCUGCUGUGGACCACAUGAUGCUUUUCCAGGAGACCGUCCAGCCUCUAGGGGACCUCAGAUACCUACUAGAGAACUACCGGACCGGUAGCUUCAUUCCCAAGGUAGUGGUGUACGAGAACUACUACAAUAAGGUCGACGAGCAGACAUUCGGAGUGGAUCUCGAGGCAAGAGCGCGCGCGGAUAAGAAGCGAGUGCCUAUCAUUGUCACCACCAUUCUGACCUACCUCGAUAACCACUACCCUGACCUUGAAGGUGACGAGGCCAGAAGGAAUGUGUGGCUAGUCGAUGUUCCACUCCAGCAGAUUCACAAGCUCCGUGGCAAGCUGAAUGACGGCAAGCCCGCUGCGGCCGAAGUUUUUGAUGAGUUCGAUAUCCCAACUUUUGCGGCGCUGCUCAAGCUGUAUCUCCUUGAACUGCCUGACUCCCUCGUUUCCUCACACGUUUACGAGAUUGUCAGAACAAUCUACCAGACUCAAACCCAGGAAGACGAUUCUGCUCGCGUGCCUGUGCUGCAACAGACGCUUUCGCAAAUGCGUCUUACUAAUAUCGCAACACUCGACGCCUGUAUGAACCACUUCACCCGCCUAAUCGACCUUACCUCGGCUGAUGAGACUUACAUCGCGUCUUUGGCCACGGGCAUUGCGCCCUGCAUCUUGCGUCCUCGCACGGAAACCUCCUUAACUAUGGAAGAGAAGCAUGCUUACAGACUCGUUCGUGACCUCUUCAACAACAAAGACGCCAUCUUCAGCGAACUCAAGCGUAUGUCUACUGCUGGCCACGGCGGAUCGAUCAGAGACAACAAUCGCCCCCGCGCAAUCAGCACCGACGAGAGCAACCGGAGAGCCAACAUGGAAGAGCGGAAUAGAGCUCUGCUCGAGAAGGCCGCCGGCAGCCGUGGUCGCGCAACAAGCCCUGCGCCCAGCCCUCGUGGCCACAGACGUGACCGCAGCACGGGUGGCCCUGAGACUCGCUUCCCGAUCCAGACAAGCCCACCUGCGUCAGCAGUCGACCGUCACCGCUCUAGCUUGGGCAGCGUUGUUGGAGCCAAGAGAUCCAGUCUCGAGGUUCCCGGUAGCGAAACCAGCUCGCCAAAGGAGACGACAACCAAUGGAUCGGCUGCGGCGCCUGCGCCUGCAGCGGAGGGAGUCGCGGCUAGAAUCAAGGCUCUGGAAUCGCCUGUUGAGAAGCGUAACAGCCUGGGACGUAGCAGUGUUCGAUACUCUCUGGACCGGCACGUGGCAGCCGCACCCAGCGCAGGAACAGACAGCGGCCCGUCGACUCCUCGCGAUUCCCUCACCGCGCCCCGCGGAGUGACGCUCGAGGACAAGCCCAUGGAUGACUGA